GGUAUAUGAGCGUCACAAGCAUGUGGCUACAUAGGAGAUUGCCAAGUUAUUUGAGAUAAGUUAAUUUGAGCACUAGUCAAAUAUGAGUUCAGAUAAAUAUUUUCUCACGAAUAUAUUUCACGGCUCAAGAAAUUUUCCAAGGUAAUUAACAAAAUUAAACACAACUGUUUUAUCAUAAACAUGCCUGGCAUUCAAGAUUGCAGUUUGCGAUUGAACAUUUUACAAUGCAUGCAUGUGUCAAACGACGGUGCUCUCUCUGGUACAAAAACAGAAAUAGAUUUCAAAGGAUCAAUGAAUGCACUACCCUCAAAAGCCACUGAAGGGAGCUUAUGCAUUCCGCUACUAAAUAUACUAAAUAUAUUAAUAAUCAAACGAAGUAAGAUAUUUCUUCAUUCGUAGAUGGUAUUACAAAACAUUUUAAUAUUGUUAGGUCUUUGUAAUUGCCCUUUCACUAUAUGCAUGGUUAAUUCGUCUUCCUGCAGGUAAUGUACAAAUUCCUCGCCAAAUCCACAACCCAGAACUCAUCGCAAAGCAAGAGAAAUAUAUACUAUACGGAUAGAAUAAUUCUCGUAUCACCUCUCGCUUUAAAUCGUGUCUACAGCGAUUCAGUCGUCAAUCAUGUUGGAAGAAAUUGUGGGAAUGAUUCUGUCAGUGUUUUCGCUUUUCCUGAACGAAACGCCGCGUUUGUCUCGGCGAGAACAACCCUAUGAAACGGACGAAUCAAGUGAACGACGACUGAUUGACGAAGAUAAAUGGCUGCCAUAUAUCAAUAAAGAAUACGAUGACUUUAAUAACGAGGACGAAUUGACUUCGCCAUUGCCAGAAUUAACCAGAGAAAGAUUGACAGACUAUCGUAGGUUAAUUAGUGACGUCUCACCUGAGAUUGUAAGUUAUCGGGAGUCCAUUCGAAGAAGCUUUUGGACAAGUCUAAGUAUAACUAUCGCUGUUGUGCCCCUGACUGCUAUUACGAUGGUAUUCCAAUAUCUCGAUUUAAAAACAACUGAUCUUUGUAUAGAAUGGCAAUAUCACAACCACAGUUUACCGUUGUCUGUAAAACGAAUUAAACUGAUUGGCGUCAGUGUGGAGGUAUUAAUAGUAAACCUUUGGUUUCCCCUGACAACUGCGUUGCUGUUCAGCUGGAAAGUCUUUAAACUAAAGUACUUUUCUACUUUUUAUGUUGGCGUUAUUUUUGGAUUAUUGAUAGUUAUCUAUGACCUAUUUUUACUUGUAUUUGGGGUCUACGGCACCCAGAGAUACUACAUGUAUCCUGCAAAUAUACUUAAUGUUACCGCAAAGAUAAUUUGUGGUAUAGUGUUAAUGCGAAGUAUUCGAGCGCACGACCACGAACAGACAAUAUCUUAUUCAAAUUUACAUAUAAUGAUUUUGGUAUCAUUGGAGUUUGUCCUCGGUUCUUUCCUGGCAUACUUCUACAGAUACGCUGUAGUUCCUUUCUUCAAUAGUGUGAAAAACGAAGACUACAAGUUUUUGAUCGCUGCUAUGUUUCCUGUGAUAAUCAUUAUUCCUGUAGUAAUCCUAAAGCAUAUUGCGUCGAGGAAAAGUUCCGAGAUAAUACAUCCCGGUCGGAGUUUCAUCCUGGUGUACUGUAUCCGAGGUGGAGUAAUUUACCUAUACCGUACCAUGCAAGCGGACUUCACCAACAUUUGGCUGUUCGUUGGACUUUCAUUGUUUUCCGGCGUUUUAAACCUUUUAAAGAAAGCAACCUAUCGCAUAAGAAUGAAAUUGUGGAGUUACAUCAUCUCACGGUUGAGGCGAACUGUUUGCUGUCAAAGACUUCACGAAAUACCUCGUGACACACCACACUACAGAAGGUUAAGAGCGGAUUUAGAAAUUCAAGACAUGCUUUUCGAGUAUAUUACACUCGUUGUAAGUCAAGGAACCUUAGUCUUGUACAUUGUAGAAAGUUUUAAACUUUCUGUUUCGUCCAUCAUUUACGAGACUUUGAGGAACGUCGUUAUUGGAAUUGGAAUCGACUUCUUUUUCAAUGUUUUAUCCAAUUUCGUUCAAAUUCAUUACUACAACAUUCCAAUUAGUCGCGUGUGGUCAAAGUACUGGAAACGACAUAUGCUUGCUAACGUCAUCAUUCUCAUGGUGAUAGUGUCAUAUUUCAGCCCAGUCCUUCUCUCGGUGUUUCAAGCGCGCUUCAAUGGGACUGGGCCGACUGGCGCAAGGAACGGAAUAUUGACAGACAAGAAUUGCUCGUUGUUCUAGUCGGACUAUGCUUAAGAUAUAUUGGGUUCCAAGAUCUUUCUAUAGAGUAUCAAAUCUCACCUGAACGUCAAUAUACUAAACAAUUCAUAUCCAUGUAAUAA